AUGUCAACUCGUAAUAAGACAGCUUCAUCGCACGAUAAAAGAAGCCCGCAUGCCCUCAAAAUGGCGCGUGAAACGAUGACGUCCGAUCGACGGAGUAUGCGAAUUGGCGGGUUCGGGCAAUUCUUUGGAUGCGCAUGCGUGGCGUGUACACGCGCUACCUUACAAAAUAAUUUGCCUCUAAAUAUCUUCUAUCUAUCUAUCUAUCUAUCUAUUCAUCUAUCCACGUUCUUCUUUUCUUAUCUAUCUAUCUAUCUAUCUAUCUAUCUAUCUCACGUUUCUUCUUCCCAUAUCUAUCUAUCUAUCUAUCUAUCUAUCCACGUCUUCUUUCUUUCAUUCUUUCUAUCUAUCUAUCUAUCUAUCCAUCUAUCUAUCUAUCUAUUCACGUCUUCUUUCUUUCUAUCUAUCUAUCUAUCUAUCUAUCUAUCUAUCUAUCUAUCUAUCAUCUAUCCUCUAUCUAUCUAUCUAUCCACGUCUUCUUUCUUUCAUUUUUCAUUCUUUCUAUCUAUCUAUCUAUCUAUCUAUCUAUCUCUAUCCAUCUAUCUUCUAUCUAUCUUUCUAUCUAUCCCAGUCCCUCCUCUAUCUCUAUCUAUCUAUCUAUCUAUCUAUCUAUCUAUCUAUCUAUCUAUCUAUCCCAGUCCCUCACUCUAUCUAUCUAGGUCUCUAUUCUUCAUCAUCUAUCUAUCUAUCUAUCUAUCUAUCUAUUUCCACGUCUUCUUUCUUUUCUUUCAUGAUUCUUUUCUUCAUCUAUCUCUAUCUAUCUAUCUAUCUAUCUAUUCACGUCUUCUUUCUUUCAUUCAUCUAUCUAUCUAUCUAUAUCUAUCUAUCUAUCUAUCCCAGUCUUCUUUUCUUUCAUUCUUUCUAUCUAUCUAUCUAUCUAUCUAUCUAUCUAUUCUAUUCUUUCAUUCUAUCUAUCUAUUCAUUUGUCUUCUUUCUUUUCUUUUCUAUCUAUCUAUCUAUCUAUCUAUCUAUCUAUCUAUCUAUCUAUCCCAGUCCUCUCUCACUCUAUCUAUCUAUCUAUCUAUCUAUCUAUCUAUCUAUCUAUCUAUCCCAGUCUCUUUCUCUCACUCUAUCUAUCUAUCUAUCUAUCUAUCUAUCUAUCUAUCUAUCUAUCUCUAUCCAUCUAUCUAUCUAUCUAUCCCAGUCUCUAUCUAUCUAUCCCAUUCAUCAUCAUCUAUCUAUCUAUCUAUCUAUCUAUCUAUCUAUCUAUCUAUCUAUCCCAGUAUCUAUCUAUCUAUCUAUCUAUCUAUCUAUCUAUCUAUCUAUCCCUAUUUUAAUCUAUCUAUCUAUCUAUCUAUCUAUCUAUCUAUCUGUGUGUGUGUGCAUUUUAUAUAUAUUUUAUAUGCGCGAUAUCAGUGA